UGCAAUGUUCAACACUAUCUUGUCCUGUCUAUAGGAAGACACCUAUUUAUCGAGUGCAAUCAACGGCAAUAUAUAAUGAUGACAACGACAGGAAAAGUUUUGUUUGAGCUUUCAUAGGAUUCAGGAUCAUAGUUGGUUGGUUGAACUUUCAUGGGAAAACGUCUGUUGGGAUCAUAGUUGGUUGAACUUCAUUGCGAAAACGUCUGUUAGGAUCAUAGUUGGUUGAACUUCAUUGGGAAAACGUCUGUUAGGAUCAUAGUUGGUUGAACUUUCAUGGGAAAACGUCUGUUAGGAUCAUAGUUGGUUGAACUUCAUUGCGAAAACGUCUGUUAGGAUCAUAGUUGGUUGAACUUCAUUGGGAAAACGUCUGUUAGGAUCAUAGUUGGUCGAACUUUCAUGGGAAAACGUCUGUUAGGAUCAUAGUUGGUUGAACUCUCAUUGGGAAAACGUCAGUUUGUUCAUAAUAGACUGAACAUUCAUCGUAAAACGCCUAUUAGGGUGAUAAUUAGUUGAACUGCAAGGAUGAGCAGGGCUGGGAACAAGGGAGGAGGUGGAGGAAGAGCUCGAGCUUCACCGGGAUCACAUUAUAAUAAUGAGUAUGAUUACCUUUUCAAAAUUCUCCUGAUCGGCGACUCCGGUGUUGGUAAAUCGAGUCUACUUCUUCGGUUCGCGGAUGACACUUACACAGAAACCUACAUCAGCACGAUUGGAGUCGACUUCAAAAUGAGGACAGUAGACAUUGACGGCCACUCGAUAAAGUUACAAAUAUGGGAUACCGCCGGCCAAGAACGCUUCGAGACCAUCACCACUGCCUACUAUCGGGGAGCAGACGGUAUCAUUUUGGUGUAUGAUGUCACAGACCCUGAGUCCUUCAAACAUGUGAAGAAAUGGCUCAACAACGUGGACCGGUAUUCGGGAGAAAGUGUGAGCAAGCUGGUGGUUGGUAAUAAAUGUGACCUAACCAUGAAAAGGCUGGUAGCUGAAUCCAUGGGCAAGGAGCUCGCACACCAGAUUGACGUCCCUUUUCUGGAAACGAGUGCAAAGAAUGCGACGAACGUUGAGGAGGCGUUCAUGACGAUGGCGGCCAGGAUAAAGGCUCGUACUGCAGUGACACCAAUGGCGAAUCCAAAGCCGAUAGUGACAAUUAAUGAGCAGAAACCUGUGGGGGGUAAAUCUGAUAAAGAAGGGGGCCGAGGGGGGAAUUGUCAGUGUUAAUGUACAGGGCUAAGUAAGAUUUCUAAUGUGGGGAAUCCAUAAUGGGCUUAAAACAGGGUGGUUGGUCCUGUAUCGUACCAGCCCCAGUCGACUUGGGGAAGCACUUACAAUUACCUGAUUUAGUAUUUGCAAAUGUGCUGCCUCUGAAAUAUAUUCCGUUGAUAACACCAUCCGUUUAUUGAAAAAAUAUUCAUUAGUGAAAUAUUGAAAUAUUAUUGAAAUAAUAUUUAAAUGAGUUAUAA